AUGACAAGGGACGUGAUAACUUGUGACUUCCGCGAGCAGCACGGCUGUUUUGCGCUACGACUUAACGCGAAAAUGACACACAAGCUUUUGGCAAGAUACUCGCGCCAGGCUUAUGACACACAGAGACACAGACUGAAGCUACAAACACAGACAAUUGAGACCCGUUAUAUGGCUAAUUAUUUGCAUGCACACUUUCUUCAUUCCUCCUGCUGGACGCCCCACGGCCGGCGACUAACGCGCUCUCGCCCGCAGGGUCCGGCGCAGUUCAACUUCUCGUACGAGGUGCGGCAGCCGGCCUUCGGGAACUCCUUCGGCCACACCUCGCAGCGGGACGGAGGGCGCGAGGACGGCAGCUACUUCGUGGUUCUUCCGGAUCGAAGGCUGAUGACGGUCCGGUACUACGCCGACGCCUCGGGCUUCCAUCCGACGAUCUCGUACACGCCCAUCCAGAUGUCGGGGAUGUUCCAGAACUUCCUUUUCGGCGCCAAUGCCAAGCGGGGGAGGCAAGGCGCGGGCUCCUCCGCCAGUGGGAAUUCGGCCGCGGGUUCCUCCGCCAAUGGGAAUUCGAACAAUGGGAAUUCGGCUGUGGGUAAGGGAAUGGGAACGUUCGGGUCCUUCGGGAAUGGGAAUUCGGCUGUGGGUAACUUCGGGAAUGGGAACGUCGGCAACGGAAACUCGGCCUCGGGGUCCUUCGGGAAUGGGAAUUCGGCGGUAACUUCGGGAAUGGGAACUUCGGCAACGGAACUCGGCCUUCCUUCGGGAAUGGGAAUUCGGCUGUGGGAAUUCAACUCGGGAACGGAAGCGGGAAUGGGAACGUGGAACCGGCUAACUUCUUCGGCAACUUCGGCAACGGGAACGUCGGCAACGGGAAUUCGGCCGCGGGUUCCUCUGGCAACAGGAACUCAGCUGCGGGUUCCCCCCUCCGGCAACUACCUCCCUCCUCCUCGAGGCUCCCCCUCCACUCCUUUCCUCGGCCUCGCAUCCUCGCCUCGCCCCGCUGUCGUGCCGGCGCCAACCACCCCGAGGACGACCACGCCUCGCGGCUCCAGCUCCCCGACGCGGCCCCGAGGCGGUCGCCCCUUCACCUUCGGCAACGGGGCCCCUGGCGCGACCGACCAGACCGCAGGAACCACUCCGAGGGCGGCCGUGACGUCUCCCUCGGGGAGUUACCUGCCUCCGUCGAUCCCUAACGACAUCCACGGGAAUUUCGGAGGAAGAAUAACUCCCAAGAGAAGCAGAAACAACGGGAAUAACGGCAACAGUGGCAGGAAUGACAACGGGAAUGGGAAUGGCAACACCGCGAAUACUGUUAACGGAAACAACAACGCCAUCAACAGUAAUGUAGGCAACGGCAACAGUUUCAUUGCCAAUUUCGCAAACAGAAACAAUAAUAAUAAUAAUGCAGGCAACAUGAAUUAUAACAACGGCAACGGCAAUGGAAGAAGCAUAAAUAACAACAACAAUGCGGGAAAUUCAAAUAAUAACAACGGUUCAGGCAACAGAAACGGCAACAACGGGAAUGGAGGCGGCAGAAAUAACGGCAAUGCAGGUUACAGCAACAACAAUAACAACGGAAACGCAGGAAACUUAAUCAAUAACAGCAAUAAUGGAAACGCAAACGGCAACAACGGUAAUACAGGCAACAGUGGAACCAACGGAAACGUGAACAUCAACAACGCAAUCAACAGAAACAACGGAAAUAAACAAAGCGUUAACAACGGGUUUAGCAACGGCUUUGACAGAAUUCUCAACAGAAACAACGGGAACCUCAACAACAACGGUUUCAAUAACAUCAUCGGGAACUUUAAUAACAACAGGAAGCCUGUUAAUGACAACAUUGCUUCCAACAGUAAUGGUAUCAUAAAUAAAGUUAAUGCUAACAGUAUUAACAGUAUAACCAACACGGGCACCGUAAAGAACCUGAACAACAGAAAUUCUAACGCAAAUAACGGAAAUUUUAACGGAUUUAACAUAAAUUCUAACGGAAAUAACAAUAGGAAUGACGAUGGAAAUUCAAACAGUGCUUCUGCAAACGGGAGGGAAAUCUCGGAAAACGACAUCCUCUCCAACAACGGAUUUUCCUUCUUCGAAUUCAUGAAGAUCAAGCCCAAGACGACGCCCGCACCGGCAGCAACUGCCAGAACGACCGCGGCCUCCCAGAGGACCACUAAUGCUCCAGCGGCGUUCACUUCCCCGCGCAUUACGACCAGAUCCCCAACGACGACCACAGCUGCAACGCAAAGACCUUAUACGAGACCUCCUACAACGACAACUACCACACGAAGACCGUUUACAACACCUCCUACCAUUUACUACUACAACACCACGACACAAAGACCGUUUUCGAGGUCAACCACUACAGCUAGAACUACUACAACGCGGAGAGCAGGAUUUCGGUUCCCCACAAGCAAUCCGUCACAGGCAUCCACAACUGCCUCGUCUGGCUUUCGCUUCACUACGGUCAAGACCCCGGUAAUACAGUUCUCCACAACGAAAUCUCGGGGCAUUAGGUUCCCGACGGCCAGGGCCACGACGCGAAGGAUAAUACGCAACAGAUUAACUACUCAGCCUACAGCCGGUCCUACGAAACCUCAAAGAACAACAAAUGCGUUCUUCAUUGAUAGUGCGACGGCCACCACUUCGUCCCCAAACCAGGUCCCAGUUCCUGAAGGUCGCCGAUCGUCAGCGGGAAACAGCCUUGCCGGUUCGGCCACUGCGUCUCCGGUAGCGACGACCACAGAGCACGAAUACGACCGUGAAGCUGGGCCGGCCUAUAUCCCAGUCCCAGCUCUUACUUCUUUAGUGGUCGACGCGCCAUUACCAGGGGGCGAUUCCGUGGCCCUGUCCCUCCCUUCGCAACAGACUUCAACUUCUGCCACUCCUGCCACGCCUGCUGUGGCGCCCACGACGCUCAGGUCGUCGCCAUUGCCAGCCACUACCACAGACUCGGCAUCCUUCUUCAGAUUAUUUGGGAUAAAUAGCUAG